UUUAUCUUCAGUAACGAAAGACACUGAUUUUGCCACCUGUAACUGACAGAUUUGAAACUGAAUUACUGAAAGAUUGUGGCGCUAUCAAGAUAAUGACGUUAGAGUAAGAUGGAUAUGGGAAAUACUUCUGAACCGCGUUCCAUUCUUUCUGGGGUUUCCAUGGCUACUUUAGAGCAACUAUUGCAAGGUCUCAUUGAACAGCAAACGCUUCUCACAUCUGCGAUUCGUGAUUUCGUCGCGGCAUCCAAUGCGGGCCGUCUCUUGUCGUUGACUGUACCUCCUUUUCCUCCUUAUGACGAGACGGCGGAAGAAUGGUCUGAUUACGAAAAACGUCUUCGACAGCACUUCUUGGCAUUUCAUGUCGUGGACGACCAAACAUAUCAGAAGUGCAGAAGACUCUAUAAAGUUUGGUUUUUACAGAAUAGAAGCUCUGGAAAGGAACCUCAGAAGUAGGCAUCUUUCAUCUGAUGAAAGGCAGCGUAUUGAAGGAGAGCUUGAAGAAGUGAAAGAAGAACUAAAAAGGAAUCAGCAUGAAUUAAAGCAUCUUCAGAAAGAAAAUACAAAAUCAUUUGCUAUGGCUGCAAUUUUAAUGUUCCUGUGUUUCUUAGUAUUUGGUGUAUACAAAAUGUUACAGAAUAAGUAAUAGAUAACACACCAUUGUUCAAGAAUAGAAUUUUCAAUUUUAA